UGUACCCUCCAUCCUCCAGCGUGUCAUUAUGGUCUUUAAUCUUUACUGUGCCGCCUCCAAAGACCAUUAUCAUGAACCGUUACUACCAAAAUGCUUUUCUAUUUACAGGGACGCGCAUGUAUAUAGGUUCUAGUCAUCCCGACCGAACUCCUUUCUAACAAAUAGGGAAUGGUGCUUUUUUCAAAAGAUUUCAAAGGUUCCAGCAGGUAUCGAUGGCGCAAUUGAGUAACCGCCAGACUGCGGACUACCUUGCAUACAAUGAAAGUCCGAUGACGAUUCGCGCCUUAUCGGCAGUUCUUGUCCUAACUACAGUUGUCGUCGCUUUAAGAUUCUGGGUCCGUAUGUAUCUUAAGAUCCGAUUAGGUUGGGAGGACUGGUUUAUGGCCAUUGCCUUGCCUCUGGCCUGGGCUAUCUUCGCGAUCGCCACCUACUGUAUCUUGUAUGGCGGCUUCGGUAGACAUCUAGAAACGGUUAUGUCCAUGGACCCUAACGGACAAAUCUUUCAGAGAGGAUUAUAUGGCAAGUGGAUAGGUGAAAUCGUUUACAUUUCCCUCAUCACCACCAUUAAACUCAGUGCCCUAAUCAUGUAUUACCGCAUCUUCCCUACCCGAGUAGUAAAGAGUGGUGUCGCCGUUCUCGGGGUCAUCACCGAGGCCUGGUUUAUAUCUAGCACACUUCUUUUUAUCUUACAGUGCAUUCCUAUUCAAAAGGCGUGGGUUAUAACCAGCCUUCCAGGGAAAUGCAUCGAUAGGUGGAUCAUCUUUCUAUGGAACACCGUCUUCAACAUAGUCACGGGCGUCGCCUUCCUCGGCCUUCCUAUGUACGAAGUUUACCAUUUACGAAUAAAAAUAGGUGACAAGAUUGGAAUCGCUGUUAUAUUCUUACUUGGCGGCCUUGUGAUCAUCUUCAGCGUCAUCAAAUUAAAGGCUAGUGUCGACAUAGUGUCAGGGCGGGUAGAUGGGACUGAUCCCGUGGAGAUAAACAGGCUGAAUAUUUGGUCUAUCGUCGAACCGGCCGUAGGUAUGGUAUCCGCAUCCAUCCCUCCCUUAAGACCCCUCAUUCCCAUGCUUGGCCGAGCAUUCGGCAUCUCCAGCUCAAAGCUAGACCGCAGCAGUCAGAACAAGGGUAAUCGGCGCAGCAUUGUGACGAUUGGUGGGUCAGGUCCAUCCGGUCGUUCCCGAAGCUUCCUCCGUACUGCGAGAAGUGGAACAGAGACGAUUACUAGCUAUGAAGAAGGUUCUUUUGAAAGAUUACCUGAUGCCGAAUUCGGUAGCCAAAAUGAGUUGCAUACGAUCCGACCGAAAGCCACCUCUUCCAAACCAUAUUGAGGUACCAAUACCUACGAGUGGAAUGAAUUUUAAGACUAGGUACCGACUUCAGUACUGGCUACUCGUCGCCAGUCUUCUCUUGUAAUA